AGGGGUUCCGUUCUCAGAUCUAUUCUGUUUUGGGAGUGAUGGGAGGAUAACUUGCAUCCUUUAAAAAUGAAAUCAUUGUUGACGAGUUUGUUUAUUAUUUUGUAUGCGGAAGCUAAUCCUAAUGUGUUCAAUAUUGGAGGUGUCUUGAGUACAAACGAUAGCAAACUUUAUUUUAAGGAUACUAUAGCGCACCUAAACUUUGACUCACAGUAUGUCCCAAAAGGAAUUACUUAUUAUGACACAGCAAUUCUUAUGGACCCAAAUCCUAUCAAGACCGCUCUGAACGUCUGCAGAUACUUGAUUUCGAGUAGAGUUUAUGCAGUGGUGGUUUCACAUCCCUUAACAGGGGACUUGUCUCCAGCUGCUGUAUCUUAUACCAGCGGCUUCUAUCACAUACCUGUAAUCGGAAUAUCUUCCAGAGAUUCUGCAUUUUCUGAUAAGAAUAUUCAUGUUUCUUUUCUGAGGACAGUUCCACCAUAUUCACAUCAAGCUGAUGUUUGGGUCGAGUUAUUGAAAUAUUUCAACUAUAAAAAGGUGAUCUUCAUCCAUAGUUCUGAUACAGAUGGCAGAGCUAUUCUAGGAAGGUUCCAAACUACCUCUCAAAUCUUAGAAGAUGAUGUUGAAAUAAAAAUUCAGGUAGAAUCAGUUAUUGAGUUCGAAGCUGGCCUGGAAAGUUUUGAAAAUCAACUUCAGGAUAUGAAGAAUGCCCAAGCCCGUGUCUAUCUUCUUUAUGCUGGAAAGAGGGAUGCUCAGGUAAUAUUUAGAGAUGCAGCCAAUAUGAACAUGACGGACGCUGGUUAUGCUUGGAUAACAACCGAACAAGCUUUGAGUGCUGAAAAUGUUCCCGAAGGAAUUUUGGGAUUGAAACUAGUCAAUGCUACGAACGAGAAAGCUCACAUAAGGGAUAGUAUAUAUAUUCUAGCAUCAGCACUCAGAGAUAUGAACAUAAACAAAACAAUUCAAAUCACUGAAGCACCAAAAGACUGCGACAACUCUGGCUCUAUUUGGGAGACAGGAAAAGAACUCUUCCAGUUCAUCAGGAAACAAGUUCUUCUUAAUGGCGAGACCGGCAAAUUGGCCUUUGACGACCAAGGAGAUCGUAUCAAUGCAGAAUAUAACGUGGUCAAUAUUCAGAGGAAGAAGAAGUCAGUUGCUGAAGUUAUAGUAGGACAACAUUUCUUCAAUAGAACAUUGAGCAAAAUGAUGCUGGGAGUGGACGAGAAGAAAAUAAUUUGGCCGGGAAGACAAACAGUAAAACCAGAAGGAUUCAUGAUACCGACGCAUCUGACAGUUUUAACAAUAGAAGAAAAACCUUUCGUUUAUGUGAGAAAGUUGAAUGAAGGUGAAACAUGCUCCCCUGAAGAGAUAUUCUGCCCCCAUUUUAACGCUACAAGAGAAUUAGAUGCCAAAUACUGCUGUAGAGGUUACUGCAUGGAUCUGCUGAAAGAACUCUCGAGAAAAAUCAAUUUCACCUUCAGUUUGGCUCUCUCUCCCGAUGGACAAUUUGGACAUUACAUAAUUAAGAACCAUUCUGGGUUAGGCAAGAAAGAAUGGACUGGAUUGAUUGGGGAACUGGUUACAGAAAAAGCAGAUAUGAUUGUUGCUCCUCUGACCAUCAACCCAGAAAGAGCAGAAUUCAUAGAAUUCAGUAAACCGUUCAAAUAUCAGGGAAUCACAAUAUUAGAAAAAAAGCCUUCUAGAAGUUCAACGUUGGUAUCGUUCUUGCAACCGUUCAGUAACACCCUCUGGAUUUUGGUGAUGGUAUCAGUUCAUGUUGUAGCUCUUGUGCUUUACCUCUUAGAUCGCUUCUCUCCAUUUGGAAGAUUCAAACUAGCAAAUACAGACGGUACUGAGGAAGACGCUCUGAAUCUUUCAAGCGCAAUUUGGUUUGCUUGGGGCGUCCUUCUAAAUAGUGGUAUCGGUGAAGGUACCCCAAGAAGUUUUUCAGCCAGAGUUUUAGGUAUGGUUUGGGCUGGAUUUGCAAUGAUAAUUGUAGCAUCCUACACUGCCAACUUGGCUGCUUUCCUCGUGUUGGAGAGGCCAAAAACUAAACUUACUGGAAUAAACGAUGCAAGGUUGAGGAACACGAUGGAAAAUUUGACUUGCGCUACUGUGAAAGGUUCGUCAGUAGACAUGUACUUCAGAAGGCAGGUGGAAUUGUCAAAUAUGUAUAGGACCAUGGAAGCAAACAAUUAUGACACCGCUGAACAAGCAAUAAAUGAUGUUAAAACAGGAAAAUUGAUGGCCUUCAUUUGGGACAGUUCCCGUUUAGAAUUCGAAGCUGCACAAGAUUGCGAACUUGUAACAGCUGGAGAACUCUUUGGAAGGUCAGGUUAUGGGAUAGGGCUCCAGAAAGGGUCACCUUGGGCGGAUGAAGUUACCUUGGCCAUACUCGACUUUCAUGAAAGUGGUUUCAUGGAAAGUUUGGACAACAGAUGGAUCUUUCAAGGUAACAUACAGCUAUGUGAGCAGUUUGAGAAGACUCCAAACACUCUGGGAUUGAAGAAUAUGGCUGGAGUCUUCAUACUGGUGGCAGCAGGAAUUGUUGGUGGUAUAGGGUUAAUCGUUAUUGAAAUGGCAUACAAAAAGCACCAGAUCAAGAAACAGAAAAGGAUGGAACUGGCAAGACACGCAGCUGACAAGUGGAGAGGCACUGUUGAGAAACGCAAGUCUUUGAGGAUGUCAACAGCGACACAAAGAAGGAUAAAAUCCAAUGGAGUCAAUGAUACUGCAACAAUAUCUCUUGUUGUUGACAAAUACGCCAGGUAUGGUCCUGAAAGAGCUUGGCCAGGUGAUUCUGACAUCAGACAUCGGAGAAUCGAAGACCUUGGAGCUCUACAACUUGGACCUAGAUAUUUUCCUGUUGAUGUAUCCCAUCUUGUAGUUUAAAUGUUUGAGCAAUAAUGAGUGUAUUAUUAUUAAUGUUAAUUUGUUAUUUCCUUCAAAUAUUUUUAAGGAACGAAUCCAUCGAGUUGAAAGAUGAGAAUGGAAUGUGAUUUAAAUCAAAAACUUGUACUUGUACUAUUGAAUGUUAAUUGUUGGAAAAUAAAAACAUUACAUGAUUAUGUGUCGAAAAUUGUUUGAAAGA